UGGUUUUUUGGGAUGAUCGUAAUUUAAGGUUGUCCGGCAACAUUGAUUGGUCACACACAAAAUGAGAGUAAAUUGAGGAGAAAGUUUCCGAAAUUUUGCAACGCAGAUGAGAAACUGGGGAAUUUUUACAUAUUUUAAUUAGUCGUCUCCUAAAAAAAACGGGUAAUGCCCCCCAAAAGACCAAACAAUGACGAUCAAAGGUCACCAACCCCUCAGCGUCGCCGGAAUCCUCACCGUGCCGCGAAGGGGAAAGCUGUUCGACGAAUUGCUAUCAUCUCUGGGAUAAAGCGACGCCGAGUAACGCCACCACGUCGGUGGAGGGGGAAAACUGUCCCGGUGAGGAAGAUAACCUGGAAUCUCCGGGUUAUCAAGACCACGAUCCACUCGCUCCGAUGUAGUCGCGACACGCGAAAGGGGCGCGGUCUAAAAGCGGACCAACUCGGGCGCUUUCUACUAGGAAAGGACAAGGCGACCAAAAGGAGGAUCGCGGCUGCCAAAAAGAGGAAGCAGAUUAGGCAAAGGUUCCACUACGUUUGACCGACCCCCCUCAAAGAUUAUGACUUUUUUUCGAAAUACACGU